GCUCCAUCAUCCUCCUCCAGGCAUAACUAUCACUCUCUAAUACCUACCCACCCCUCCUCAUCGUCAAUUAUGGACAGGCCUCCCUCCGUACAGCCUCUUCCACCCAGUAGAGACCUGCAUUACGAUCACCACGGUCCCUCCAACGGCCCGCUCGGCUUGUCCACCGACCGCCCCUCCUCCUUCCACAACCCAUGGCCCUCGUACCGCUUCGCGACGCUCUCAGACGCAUGGCUCGCAUACCAGCGCGGAGCGGCAAUUGCGCCCGCGCAGAAGCAGUCUGAAUGCGACGCGUGUGGCGAGUGGUCGCGCGUUGCGUCGCGGUCCGCGUCCCGCGCCAGCUUCCGUGACAAAGUGGAGAAGGAAGACGAGCGGCCCCCGCCCGGCGGGCUGUUCUACGAUCCCGACGAUGACGACGACGCCGAGGUCGAUGUGUGGACAGACGAGCCGGACGACCUCACAUAUCUUGCGCGCAAAGUUACACACGAUACCGAGCCGCCAGCGGGGUAUAUCCGACCCGAGUUGCGCGCGAUGCAGGACGACGACGACGACGACGAUUGGCGCGAGCCGCCUGUCUGUGUGCGUCCGCCGCGAUGGCUGCGCGGUGAGGGAAGAGAGACGGACCGCGGAGAAGCAGGCCCGCCACGCCCCGCUGUUACAUGGCUCGGACAUGCGAGCACUCUCGUGCAGAUCCCAUUCACAGACGGGAGCGGAAUGGCUGGUAUUCUCUUUGAUCCAAUCUUCUCGCAACGAUGCUCGCCCACGCAGUUCCUCGGACCAGCGCGCAGCCUCGAUCCCCCCUGCUCCGUCGCCGAGCUCCCGCCCAUCCACGUCGUCAUUAUCAGCCACGACCACUACGACCACCUGGACUACAACAGCAUUAUGGAUUUGUGGACAUACCACAACGAGACCGUGCACUUUAUCGUGCCACUGUGCGUCGGGCCGUGGUUCACAGCCUGCGGUAUUCCCGAGGCACGCGUGACCGAGCUCGACUGGUGGUGCGAGGCGCUCGUGCAGUUCCCCUCCACACCUUCCUCAGACUCGGGGCCGUCCACGCCCGCCGCCUCGGGUUAUCCCCCGAUGCGCGAGCCCGAAGUGGACGUAACCUCGCGACUGACCCUCAAAGUCGCAUGCUGCCCCGCGCAACACCGGUCCGGCCGCGGCGUCUUCGACCAGAUGUCUACGCUGUGGGCGUCCUGGGCGAUCGGCGUCGUGCCCCCCAACACCGCCCUCGAGCCCGGCAUGCGCGACUGGCCGACAUUCAAGGUCUUCUUCGGGGGCGACACAGGUUACCGAUACGCGACAGCGCCCGACUCGGACGACACGGCAAUCUGCCCGGCCUUCGCGCAGAUCGGCGAGGCCUACGGCCCCUUCUCGAUCGCCCUCCUCCCGCUCAGUACGGGUAGCUCUCUCCCGUUCCUACGCAAGACGCUCAACAUCUCCCUCGACCAGUACACCCUCACGUCGAGCCAGCACUGCUCGCCGGCGGACAGCCUCAAGAUUCAUGCGGCAGUGCGCGCACGCCGCUCUGUAGGCAUGCAUUGGGGCACGUUCUGCGACGCGUCCGAGGCGCGUGCGACGCGCGUAGACUUUGGGCGCGCACGCCGCGACGCAGCCGUCGGCACAGACUGGGAGAAUCCGGGAAUGAAGGGGGUAUUCAUUGCCAUCGACGUAGGGGAGACGGUUGAGGUGGAGAAGUAAGAGGAGACGGGGGAUGGUGGGGGAGUAGGUGUAGAGAGAGGGUAGAGGAGGUACAGGAGAGUAGAGGUAGAGGCGGGUAGACCAAGAUAAAGGAGGGAAUAGGGCCGGGUAGGACAAUAUUCUUGACUUCUUGACACACGACACCUGUUCAGCAACGGAUGUUACCAUCACGCUCGCGUAAUGAAUGCAUCGAUCGGAC